AUGUGGACCACCCCUCAGAAGUUGGUCAACCUGCAGAGAGAUUUAGCUGCAUCAGCAGCCUACAGCAUAACAGCAGCUGAUGCCAAAGAGUUGAAGCAAAGGGCUGAGCUGGAGAAAGCUCGCAAAGCCAGGCUGGAGCAGUUGGACAAUGAUGUAAAGUUCACACAUGCAAAAUGUGAGGAGCUUUUUGAUGGAUGGCAGAUCACAAACAAGAAUCAAAAGAUGAUCCCUCAGGAGCUGGAGGAAGUCCUGAAGAGCCAGCAGCAGCUGUGUGCUGUUGUUUUAGAAGGAAAGCAACAGCUCAUCAACGACCUGCAUCAGGAGCUCAAACGGAGAAAUGAACUCCAUGACAAAACCUUGAAGAAAAAUGCCGAGGAGAUUGACUUGCUGAUAGAGAGACACGAGGACCAGAUAGACGUCCUGACAAAAGCCUACAGCCAGGAGCUGAAAGACACUCAGGAAGCUUAUUUGAAGGAAUUUGAAAAGCUGCAUUCAGCUGACAAGAUGAAAUUAGAACAAGAGUUGAAGGCAUUCAAUGACAAACAGGAAACCAUGACAACGGUAAUGAAAACCACAAUGGAGAAAUGUCAAGCAAAAAUACAGGAGGAAGGACGGAAGAUGAGAGAGGAAAAUCUCAUGGAGUUGAAGCAGCUGUCAGAGCGGCAGGCUGUGGAGAGAGAAACUCAAAAAAUGGGCGCCAAGUUAAUUGAAAAAGAUAAAAUAAUAGGAGAAAUAGAGAGAGAGACCAGAAUUGAGGCUAAACUACGGAAGCAGGAACUCAGUUUGAAGUCAGAAAUUAAGGAUUUGAAAGCCAAGCUUGCUCAGGAAGAGAACGACUUUAAAAAGAAGAACAAGCCUUUUUUAGAUGACUAUCAGCGCUCUCUGCAAAGAUAUGAACGCUUGCAAAACCAAGUCAAACACUUUGCACAAGCCGACGCCAGGCAGUAUGAGAACGUGUGGCGAACCAUCGACCGAGAGGUGAAACACUUGGCGAAGAAAGCCUUGGAAAUUGACUCGCUGAUUUGCAGCCGCCACCUUGGUUUGUCUUGGAAUCCACCUCCGAUGGAUGUCAUGGAGGUCUGCGGUCCCAUCAGGCCCCAAAUGAAACCCCCCGCUAACCAGCGGCUUCAAACUGAAUCAGCUUUGAAGGGAAGUCAGGGAGAGAUGGAUACCGAGACGCUUCAGGCGGUGGCGGAGCUGCUGUGUGAUGAAGCGGGUUUCCUGAUCACGGAUAACCUCCUGAAGGUGCUGGAUCCCCUGGACAAGGAGGAGCAAUCUGGUGUGAAGCUGGCUUCGCUCUUAUAUUCUUUGGGCAUUGAAGACAAGGAUGUGCCCAAGGUGACUCUUUUCCUGCUGAAGUACGAACGCCAGCAGAGAGAGCAGAUUGAGGUUUAUGUGUCUGUUGUUUUCUUAUAGGAUGUUUGUGGGAGGGACUCGGCAGAGGAUGCAGCUGAGAAUAACGUGACCUCUGAGCUUAUGGACCGCAACAAUAUCCUGCUCGCUCUAAAAGGUUUUCUUGAGCAUGAAAGGAGGUCCAGGGAAGCCUCCAUUCAAGAACAGUGCAGUUCCCGGUUUCCCCAAGCCUAUGACGCCUCAGCAGUCGACGCCUACUGGGAGAGUCUGGGCAACACCAUCUCUGAGGACAGACUCAAACUGUGGGAUGCAGCGGAGGUCCAGCUGAGGAAGUACCACGCCGUCCUGAGAGACAUCCGUGACCUCAAAUCUGAGACUGACAGGCUGGAGCAGGAGAACACAGAGCUGAGGAAGAUGCUGCAGCAGCAGCAUGCACGUAAUCCUGGAGCAAACCUGCAUGAUUAA